AUGGCGAGCAACGACGACGGGCAGAAUAGUGUUGACCCCACGGGUGUGAUAAACAAUCAACGGCAACAAAACCAGCCGAUUAUCCCCGUGCCGGCGGUCCACUAUCAGCAGCAGUUUAUUCCCGUCUCUGCCGCCCAGCAACAGCAGUACGCGCCCUUUCCGCCCCAUCAACCGCAAGCACAGGUCGGUAGCGAUGUGUUCGUGCAAAUUUUGCAAAUGAUGCAGCAGCAGCACCGAGAGAUGAUGACCCAGCUGAUUCAACAGCAGCAGCAAAGUGAUGAGAAGCAUGAACGCUUUCUCCGUACGAUCGCAUCGUCAAUCAACGUGCAGGUACCACCGAAUCCGGAACAGAUCCUUGACUCUUUGGCCGGCAACAUCAAGGAAUUCCGAUUCGAGGCCGACUCCAACGUGACGUUUGCGGCUUGGUACUCGAGGUACGACGAUCUCUUCGAAAAAGACGCUGCUAGAUUGGAUGGUGAAGCAAAGGUUCGACUUCUUUUCCGAAAGCUGGGUGCAUCGGAGCACGAACGGUACGUGAGCUAUAUUUUACCGAAACUCCCGAAAAAUUUUAGCUUUUUAGAAACAGUGGCUAAGCUCAAGAGCCUGUUCGGAGCUAAAGAAUCGGUGAUCAACCGUCGCUACCGAUGCCUGCAGAUAGCCAAAAACCCGGCAGAGGACCAUGUGGCAUUCGCUUGCCGCGUGAACAAAGCUUGCGUGGAGUUUGAGCUGGGUAAGCUCUCGGAGGAGCAAUUCAAGUGCUUGGUCUACGUGUGUGGUUUGAAAUCGGAGAACGACGUCGAGAUUCGCACCCGCCUCCUCACGAAAAUCGAAGAGAGGAACGAUGUGACGCUGGAGCAGCUUUCGGAGGAGUGCCAGCGGCUGUACAACCUGAAGCAUGACAGCGCCAUGAUCGAAUCUCCGUCCACGUACGACCAAGUACAAUCGAUACGAAAGUUUGGUGGGAAGCGGUACGAAAAGCGUGACCGUGAGUCACCGAAACAUCCUUCCAGUGACACCGACAGGAAACCAAAUUCGCCAUGUUGGUUUUGCGGUGGAUUCCACUACGUUCGGGACUGUAGAUACAAGAGCCACAAGUGUUCCGAAUGUGGCCAGUUCGGGCAUCGUGAGGGGUACUGUGCCAGUGCCAAACCCCGAAAAACUGGAAGGGGGCGCAGGAAGCAACCAGUGUCCGCCAAGGUGGUGGUCGUCGAUGUGUGCAGUGUGCAGCAACGACGCAGAUAUGUCUCCGUAGGCUUUUCCGGAACAAAAAUUCGCCUGCAACUCGACACCGCCUCAGACAUCACCGUCAUUAGCAGGGAGAUUUGGCGGAGCAUUGGCAGUCCUGCGUUAUCGUCAGCAACGGUGAAGGCGAAGACGGCAUCUGGCAGCAUACUAUCGCUCGAUGGGGAGUUCGAGUGCGACGUCACCAUCGGAAGCAGUACACGACGUGAGCUCAUCCGUGUAACCGAGAAGCAGCUGCAGUUACUCGGAUCCGAUUUGGUCGACAGUUUCAACCUUUGGGCCGUCCCUAUGGACACCUUCAGCUGCCACGUGUCUGGAACGCCAGUGUCGACAGGUGCACUCAAGUCGUCUUUUCCAGAGGUCUUCAGCGAGAAGCUCGGCUUGUGCACCAGAACAAAAGUGAAGUUGGAGUUGAAAGAAAACGUUCGACCCGUCUUCUGUCCGAAGCGUCCGGUAGCUUACGCUAUGUAUGAUACCGUUGAUCGCGAGCUCGACCGGUUAGAGAAAUUGGACAUCAUCACCCCGGUCGAUUAUUCGGAGUGGGCCGCUCCGAUCGUCGUAGUCCGCAAGUCCAAUGGCUCCAUCAGGAUUUGCGGAGACUACUCAACGGGUCUGAAUGCAGCUCUCCAAUCACAGCAGUAUCCACUUCCACUUCCGGAUGACAUCUUCGCCAAGCUAGCUAAGUGUAAGAUCUUCAGCCAGAUAGAUUUGUCCGACGCCUUCUUACAGGUGGAAGUUGACGAGCAGUACCGUAGUUUGCUGACGAUCAAUACGCAUCGUGGUCUCUACCUCUACAACCGCCUGCCGCCGGGUUUGAAGAUCGCGCCUGGCGCAUUUCAGCAGCUCAUCGACAUAAUGUUAGCCGGACUGAAGGGCACUUCUGGCUACCUCGAUGACGUCAUCUUCGGCGGAGGAACUGAAGAGGAGCACGACCUCAAUCUACGGGGUGUCCUGAAGCGAAUCCAAGAUUUCGGAUUCACGAUUCGUGUUGACAAGUGUUCGUUUCGCAAGCAGCAAAUCCGAUACUUGGGGCACAUCGUCGACAGUCGCGGGUUGCGACCAGAUCCAACGAAAAUCGAGGCGAUCACCAAGCUGCCGCCUCCAGCCGAUGUAUCCGGUGUGCGAUCGUUUUUGGGGGCCGUCAACUACUACGGCAAGUUCGUCCCCAACAUGCGCAUGCUACGCUACCCGCUCGACAAUCUCCUCAAGGUGGAGACGAAGUUCAGCUGGAGUCCGGAGUGCCAGAAAGCGUUCGACCGGUUCAAGCAGAUUCUCUCGUCGGAUCUUCUCCUCACACACUACGAUUCGAAGCGGGAAAUCAUAGUUUCUGCUGACGCUUCAUCCGUUGGACUUGGGGCUACCAUUAGCCAUAGGUUCCCAGAUGGAACCAUCAAGGUGGUCCAACAUGCAUCCAGGGCGCUCACGAAGGCAGAACAGGGCUACAGUCAGCCCGAUCGCGAAGGUCUGGCCAUCAUCUUCGCCGUCACGAAGUUCCACAAAAUGCUCUUCGGACGGCACUUCCGUUUGCAAACCGAUCAUCGCCCGCUGCUUCGUAUCUUCGGCUCUAAGAAGGGAAUUCCAGUGUACACUGCGAACCGCCUGCAACGCUUCGUCCUCAACUUGCUGCUCUACGACUUUGAGAUCGAGUACGUGUCCACUGAGAAGUUCGGCAACGCAGACCUGCUCUCCCGGUUGAUCGACCAGCACAUCAAGCCUGAAGAGGACUACGUCAUCGCGAGUCUCAAUCUGGAAGAGGAUAUUAGGUCAGUAGUAACUAAUACGGUUAAAGUGUUGCCUCUCAAUUUCAGAGUCGUUGCGCAAAGCACCCAAGCAGAUCCGCUGUUCCGUCAAGUCCACCGCUACGUUCAGAACGGCUGGCCCCAGUCAACACUCGAUGGGUCAGAACUUCGCCGGUUCCAAUCAAGGCAGGAAUCGCUCUCUGUGGUGGAUGGGUGUAUUUUGUUUGCCGAACGACUCGUCAUUCCGUCGCUGCAUCGGAAACGGUGCCUCGAACAGCUGCACCGUGGCCAUCCGGGUAUGCAGCGAAUGAAAGCCAUCGCUAGGAGCUACGUGUACUGGCCUACGUUGGAUACCGACAUCGUCAGCUUCGUCAAGGCAUGCCAGCAGUGUGCGUCUGUAGCUCGAUCACCUCCUCACUCCCCAUCGGUGCCGUGGCCCAAAUCGACCGCUCCGUGGCAACGCGUCCACGUCGACUUCGCCGGUCCAAUCGAAGGCGACUACUACCUGCUCGCUAUCGAUUCGUUCUCUAAGUGGCCCGAGAUCAUCCGAACGACCCGCAUCACCUCUGCUGCGACCAUCAGUAUCUUGCGUGGGUUGUUCGCGCGGCUGGGUAUGCCCGUAACCUUGGUCAGUGACAACGGUACCCAGUUUACCAGCGCCGAAUUCGCCGAUUUCUGCGCUUCCAAUGGCAUCGAGCACCUCACGACAGCACCGUUUCAUCCACAAUCAAAUGGCCAGGCGGAACGAUUCGUGGAUACCUUCAAGCGAGCCGUCAAGAAAAUCCGAGAGGGGAGAGGAUCCAUUGAAGAAGCACUGGAUGUCUUCUUGCUGACGUACCGAAGCACGCCCAGUCGUGCUCUGCCGGAUCAGAAGUCGCCAUCUGAGAUCAUGUUUGGUCGCAAAAUCCGAACGUGUCUCGAGCUUCUGCGUCCACCACCGGUACGUGUCCCAGUGCCAACCGACGAUGACCGCAAGCAACCGAGGUCCUUCAACCGAAACGAGACCGUGUACGCCAAACUACAUGGUCGUACCGGUUGGAAGUGGGCUCCUGGUGUCGUCGUCGAGAAGAUCGGAGACGUUAUGUACAACGUGUGGGUCGAAAAUCGCCGAAUGCUACGCUCGCAUAUCAACCAACUUCGGAGUCGCCUUGCUGCUGGCGCGAUACCGAAGCAACCCACUGUACAUGCCACCUUAUACCAACAUUCGCUGCCGCUGGACAUUUUGCUGGAUGCCUGGGAUCUCCCAAGCCAAUCACCAGGUCCAUCUUCACCAGAGCCUGUCUCCAGUGCUGAGCGAACCAUGGUAGGUUCCGGGCCGACUCUUGCAACGUCUACGCCACGUCAUGAGGUCUCGGCGUUCGUCCCGUCAUCAGCAUCGUCAUCAUCAACAACAACAACGCCAACAUCGACAGAGUUCGAGUCCGCUGUCGAAGUAGAACUAGCUGUAGACAUCCCUAGGCGCUCUUCACGACUACGAAGACCGCCAGUAAGGUUUGAUCCGUACCACCUCUAUUAAGAGGGGUGAUGUUGUGGACAACCCUAUUUUGCCGCGCUCGGAUACGUUAUUCAUCCGACGUAGCUCAGACCGCAGGGCUCGCGUGCGACAGCAUGACUGUCACUGAGCGAUGCUGGAGAUGCGCAUAUAUGUGUUUUUAAUGUGGUUGUCACUUGUUGUUGUUUACAUUGUUAUUGUUGUGGACAUUGUCAUUGUUUAUCGUCCAUAGUGAAAUGUAUCGUUUAGUCAUGUCGUGAAUAAAGUUUGUUUUAUUUAUUGUACCGUGCGCGUUUCAUUAACCCUGUCGUGAUAUUGUCCCAGUGCAAGUCCAGGGUCCCGCGGUACAAAACCUACCCACCAGGACAAAAAUGUGACCAGACGUCCGUUGGCUAUUCUUUCCAGGAUUUUGGAAUCUUUUGAUCAACCAUUGGUCAACCUGAGCGGUCCUUUCAUAUUAUUCUUUGCUAAAGAGCUUUGUUUCCAGUGGCACCAUAGAACUAAUUUAUAGAGAGCCUCUCGGUUCUUUCUUAGCUUGGAAUUAGUAUUUGUAACGGGAAUAGGGAAGAUUUCUUUCCAAAAAAAAUGAAUCGUUUAGCUGCCUAUUGUUAAUGCUAUUCUAAUAUUUCGCUUUUUCCUAGCUUAUAUUCGUACGGUUAAGGUAGUGUCGAUGAUUAUACAGUAACGAUUAAACAACA